ACUCGUUGAUUUGUUUACUAAAUGUACUUCAAUGGAUUGUGUCAUUCUACUACAAUAUUUAUUGGGAGUUUUGGACUAGUUAAAAGAUUUUGCACUUCCAUAGUAAAGCAUUUAGCUUGUGUGAAGGAAUAUUGGAGGAAAUUUGCGGUUGGUUGAGGUAUUUGCUAUGUUCCAGUUAUAAUUACCGAGAGUGCAUAUGCAAAAAUUACAUAGAGUAAUAGCAAUAGUUUGUCCAGAUCAUUUUUAUGGAUUUGCAAACUUAAACUUAUAUUUUCAAGCAUGAUAUAGCAGUGUGAAAUGUCACACAAUCGUGUUAGAGCUGAAAACAAUUUACUCAAUGCUUCUCGCACCCCAGUUUACACAAUCAGCAAUGAAACAACCAUUGUUUCAAAUUACUGCAGUUGUGAAUUUAGUUUCACAGUACAGAUUGAGAUGAUAUGGAGAUAGUUUUGUUGCAUAAUUCCAAAUAAAUAGAUUAUAAUCCACAAAAUGUGCAGGAAUUUCACAAAUAUGAGACGUGCAAGUAAUAAAAUAUCCACAAAGGUGUCUGUAAUUUAGCCAUCCUGGUUUGUUACAUUAAAUCUUUUUAUGCAGUACUUUUUGAACUUUGUAUCUUAAAUAUGUCUUAUGUUUUUUAUAUAUAUAUAAGAGGGUACAUCAGACUUCGCUGUGUCAGUCUCAGAUUUUUGAUAGCCAUUGCUAAUUUUGUCUUCCCACUAAAAAUAAUCACUUCCUGGAACAUGAUUUCAUUAAGGACUUUAUUUUUUGUUCAUUAAACAAAAAUUACAAAACACCUAUAGCAUAGUGAUUGAAAUCGUUCGGCAUUAACCGCCAGAUGUCACUGAAACCCCAAUGGUUCUCUGACAGAGGUAUGUACCAGUGAUGGGAUGUCCGAGUCAAUUCCGCGAAUCGGUUCUUUCCAACAAUUUGUUCUGACCGGUUCAAAAUUCCAGCGAUAGCGCCGUUCGUGACAUAUAACGGCGAUUCGGCGUGUCAUAGUACAUGCUCUAAAAACGUUUCAGUAAACCCCUAUAUAAGCACUUAUGUAUCUUAUGUGUAUUUUGGUUUUCAGUCAAACGGCCCAGUCGGAGCCGCUCUGACCGAUUCAAUCGGGAUUGAAUCGUUCGAACUGUAAACUGGGUUCAGAAAUCGGACAUCGCUAUAGAACAUGCACACAGUGUGAUUCUUUCGAAUAUCAUUUCGCGAACGGUGCUUUAUUCUGCAUGCAAUGACUGUUGGUGUAGAGUCGAAUUUGGAGUAGAAUUGUCUAGAACAGAAUUGUAUAUCAAACCGGUGAGUUUUUGUUGGGAGGGACGUCUCUCAUCAUGGCUGAGCAUUUAUCCCAGAGUGAACUGGACUAUCCUUUUAAGCUUUUGGAAUAUUUCAAUGGAUUCAGGAUCUCCAAGGCAAUAUUUUCAGCUUGUGAGUUAGGGCUGUUUGACCUCCUCCUCCAAUCCCAAAAGCCCAUGAAUGCAGUUGAAGUGGCACAGAAGCUUUGCACCAGUGAAGAUGGUAUAGAGCGUUUACUGGAUGUUCUGGUCGCCAUUGAGAUUGUGGAUGUGGAAGUGGUACAGGGAACAGCUUUUUACAGCAGUACAGAUGUUGCUAAUUUAUAUCUGGCCAAGACCAGCCCCAAAUCUCUACAUGAUUUGAUCAUUUAUAACUCUCAGACCAUCUACCCACUCUGGAACAAUCUGGUAGAUGCUGUCAGAGAAGGAAAGAACCAGAAUGAGAAAACUUUUGGCCUCCCAUCUGAAGAGAUCUUCUCUGCCAUAUACAGGUCAGAAGAGGAGAUGCUGAAGUUCAUGGGACUGAUGAACUCUACAUGGGUCAUUGACGGUCAUGACAUAGUGACAGCAUUCGAUCUUUCCGGCUUCAAGACCGUCAUAGAUCUGGGAGGCUGCUCUGGUGCAUUAGCGCGAGAGCUGGCUAAAGAGUAUCCUUCCUCCACUGUCACGGUUCUGGAUCUCCCGGCUGUGGUCCAGACUGCUCAGCGGCAUUUCGCCCAGCAAGAUGAUACCAUCUGUUUUCAAGAGGGAGACUUUUUUGAAGGAGAAAUCCCUCCUGCAGAUUUAUACAUUCUGGCCCGGAUCAUUCAUGACUGGAAGGAGGACAAAAAUCUCAAACUACUGAAGAAAAUUCGUACAGCAUGUCAUCCAGGUGGAGGUGUUCUGAUCACAGAGGCACUGUUAUUUGAGAACCGCCGGGGUCCAACUAUGGUUCAGAUGUUUUCUCUGAACAUGCUGGUCCAGACAGAAGGGAAGGAGCAUCCACCCUCUCAUUAUACACGUCUGCUCACCGAAGCAGGAUUCAGAGACGUGCAAGUCUGUCGGACCGGAAAAUCAUACGAUGCUAUUUUGGCUCUCAAAUGAAUAUGCACAAGUGUAUUGUAAGCGUCAUCAGUAAUCAGACCCCUUCUGCCUUAUCUGCAGACACGUCAGUAAUCAUGUUCAUGCACAUGUCAGGCAUCUGUUGUUCCACCUUGGCUUGUUUUGUAAAGCUUUUUCCAACACAGAGUGAGCACAGAGUGAUCCUUAUGAUUCCUUCAAAAGACAGUUUUAGCACCAAUUAGGUUUAGUUAUUUGUGAAUUUGACUCUUGAGGCCUACCAGAUGUAGUCUGAGAAGGGGUGGGAUGAGGAGCUGUUUUGGAUUGGCCAGUGAUAUGUCAAAAUAAGCUCCUCCCUCUAUCCUGUCUUGUGUAUCUUUGCACUGUGGUGUUGACACAUGGUUAAGUGUGACCCCUAGUGGUUAUUAUAACUAACACAGUCAAAAAAAAAAAAAAAAAAAAAACCAAUUAGUUGAUUUUUCUUUAACUAAAGAAAGUCUAAAUAUCGAUUCGAUUUCAGUUUAAUUACAUGAUUUUUGUGUCAUAUAGGCUAGUCCUAAUACGAUUAAUUUACCAUCCUUCUACAGAAAAAAAAUCUUUUUUAAAUGUAUUGUUUGCAUAUUUAUUUUCUAGUGAAAACCUUGCACCACCCUUGACCUUGUGCCACAUAUUUAUACUUGUCCACUGAGAAAGAAAAAUAAAAGGAAACAAUGAACCAAGUAUUUUGUUGUGCAUUGAUCCCAUGUGAUUUGCAACUUUUGUAUUAUGUACCUUUCCUGAAAGGUUCAGUUAUUUUCGUAACUGGACUGAUGUUUAAAAUAUUACAUAUGUGACCCUGGACCACAAAACCAGUCAUAAGUCGCAUGGGUAUAUUUGUAGCAAUAGCCAACAAUACACUGUAUGGGUCAAAAUGAUUGAUUUUUAAUUUAUGCCAAAAAUCAUUAGGAUAUUAAGUAAAGAUCAUGUUCCAUGAAGAUAUUUUGUAAAUUUCCUACCGUAAAUAUAUAGCAUAGUAAUAUGCAUUGCUAAGAACUUCAUUUGGACAACUUUAAAUGUGAUUUUCUCAAUAUUUAGAUUUUUUUGCACCCUAAUAGUUGUAUAUUUUGCCAAAUAUUGUCUGAUCCUAACAAACCAAACAUCAAAGGAAACCUUAUUUAUUCAGCUUUCAGAUGAUGUAUAAAUCUCAAUUUCAAAAAAAUAAACCCUUAUGACUGGUUUGUGGUCCAGGGUCACAUAUUUGAACCUACUUCUGAUUUAGUAGUGAUGACGUAACAUUAAAUCUUUCUUUAUUUACAGAGGUUU